GAGCAUGUGUUUGGCUUCGCGUUGAACGUGUUGAAAGUGUUGAAGAUGUUUAAUGUAGAAGGCUAUAUCACCGGCUGACGUCAUUGAACGUCAUUGAAGGUGUUGACGGUGUUGACCGUGUUGACCAUCUCUCAACAGAGGACUGCGUCGUACGGGUCGUACGUUUAAUGACAAACGAAUGUUCCGUGUAUGAAUAGAUACGGAAGUGAUGGAGGUGGAAGAAAUGAUAUGUUGUAGGGAGUUUGGCGAAAGCAAUGCAUAUGGUAUUGUUACAGGUUGUCAGAUUUCAUGUUUUAGUUUUAUUUCCUUCCGUGCGCUGUCAAGUUAUAACGAAUGUGAACUGUGGCAGUGUGCGACCUUCCCGAGGUUCCCGAGAGUAAAAUUAAAGUCCGUUAGAUAUUCGAGUAAAUGUGACGAAUCGUGUCCCCAUAUUCUGUGGGCAUUGUACGAUAUUCCAUUGCUGAACCGCGUGUGUUAGGAGCAAUGGUAGUGCUGUGCCGGAAUUUGAGUGAGGUACGUUAAUGAUUACAAAUAAAAGUAAUACCUGAACUAUGAAAACAAUGAAUAUCGCAUGUAUUGUUUGUACCCAGUAUAUUGUAAUUGAUACAUACAUGUUACGCAGAUAGACAUGAGAAAGGACAAAAUACAUAUUACAGAUAAUUAAAGACUUGAACAGAUAUUAGAAAGAGACAGUUUACUGCUUGUGAUCGUUUCUGUACAUCAUAUGCAAGUGGAUCAAUAUCUGUUAGAACUGCUGUUGUGAAAUUCCAUACAUCUUUCAUACCACGGAAACAGAUAUGCUGUUUUAUUGCUGUUCGAUUUCACAAUAAUGUUUCAGUUGUAUCACAUGAGUUAUUUCUUAAUUUAUUUUGAAGAUCUUUAUUUUUUCAUCUUUGUGUUUUAAGUUUGUAAUUUUGGUGGAAUAGUACUUGGGGGGGGGGGUCUGUGUAAUGUCUGAAUUCAUCAUUUUGAUGUUGAAAUAUUAUAGGAACUUAUAUUGGACACUAUCCAUAAGAAUAUGGGUUUGUUCAUUGAAUCAAUGGGUUGGCAUAGUGCUAUAAUGCUGAUACAACUUAUAUUAAAUACCUAAUUUUAAGACUUUUAUCUUGCAAGUUGGAAGUGAUGUAGAAUCUUGAAAAAUGAGAUGGCAAGUUGAUUUAAAGGUGUGCUACCACUGAGUUUUGGUAAUUUAUUUUGUAAAGCUUCAUGAUGACAGGCAGUAGUAUGUGAUUCAUGAGGAACCAACAGUGACAGCUUAAUCUUGGAAAUGUGCAUAUAUAUUAUUACUUCAGUAGUGGUCCAUAUUUGUAUACAGUGUCUAAAACAUGGAACAAGAAGGCAUGAUGUUCUGUACACAGUGAGCAAAUUUAGGAAAACUGUAGCGUAAGAGAGACUUCACGUACUGCUGGAUUGUUUGCUGUCCAGUGAUAACACAAUGACAGUGAGUUACCAGUAUGAAGUGGCAUCUUCCACUAGUGGAGGUUUUACUCGUCUCCUCUUUAUGUGGAGAGGGAGUCUGUACAAACUCAUCUAUCGUGAACUUCUCCUUUUUCUGACUGCAUUUGGGAUACUCAGUGCACUUUACCGACAUGCCUUUACUGAAGAACAGAAACGGUUGUUUGAAAAGGUUGUUGUUUACUGUGACACAUUCAUCAACUUGAUUCCACUAUCGUUCGUACUGGGCUUCUAUGUAGCAUAUGUGGCAAGUCGCUGGUGGCAGCAAUACAUGGCCAUUCCUUGGCCAGACAAAAUCAUGCAUUCAGUUGCAUUAUACGUAACUGGAAAUGAUGAGUAUGGCCGAAUGGUCCGUCGCACAUUGAUGCGGUACUUGAACUUGACUCUUAUACUUGUGCUGCGCUCCAUCAGUUCUGCUGUCAAACGUCGCUUCCCUACCCUUGAACACCUCGUAGAGGCAGGUUUUAUGACAUCAGUAGAACUUGAGAUGUAUCAGUCUGUCCCCAGUGUCGAGUUCAACACAUAUUGGAUCCCAUGCACGUGGUUCAUCAACCUUUUAAAAGAAACCAAGAAAGGAAGUCGCAUUACAGAUUCACAUGGACUGCAGAUUAUUAUGCAGGAAUUUAACGAGUUCCGGUCCAAGUGUGGGUUGCUCUGGAGUUUUGAUUGGGUUAGUCUUCCUCUAGUAUAUACCCAGGUGGUGACUAUAGCAACAUACUCAUUCUUCUUGGCUGCUUUAGUUGGUCGGCAGUAUGUUGAAGAAAGGAGCAAAAGCUACCAGAUGGAGGUGGAUAUAUAUGUGCCUGUCUUCACAAUAUUACAGUUCUUCUUUUACAUGGGACUGCUCAAGGUGGCAGAGCAAUUGAUAAACCCAUUUGGAGAUGAUGAUGAAGACUUCGAACUCAACUGGCUUAUAGAUCGUCAUACAAAGGUAUCAUACCUAGGAGUAGACACCCUUAUGGCACGUUCACCUCCACUUGUGAAGGAUAAAUAUUUUGAUGAUGUUAAUCUGAAGCUGCCAUACACUGAGGCAUCUGUUGCUUACAAGAAGAAGACAUACCGUGGCUCUGUACAUGAUAUGCAAGUUCCAGAAGAGAAGUAUGCUAUGUACCUACCAGAGAUAAUGGAAGAAGACGAGGAACGAAUGACACCUGGAGGUUCAGUACAGAAUCUUAAGGCUGCUACAUUUGGCUCUACUGCUGCAGCAGCUGCAGGUAUCUGGCGGAAUCAACCCCAAUCUAGUAAAAACAUCUUCAAGUAUCCUGAGAACCUGGAGGUUGACCACAUAUCUGUCUGCCAUUUGGAAGAGGGUCUGGCACAACCUGCUGAAUUCACAGUAUUAGAACCGAGUAUGAAUUCUGGACCACCAAAGGAGUAUCAUUCAAAAGGAUCAAAGCCAUUAGCACGGUCUGAAAGUGCACCAGGGAGGAGACCUUCAUUGAUCCUGACACAAUGGUCCAGCUCAUCUACUCUCUGCAAGUCAGACAGCUUACAGAUGUCAGAAAUAUCCAUAGAUGUGGAUGUAUCUCAGCCAGGAAUAGAUACACCUUUGCCACAGUCACAACCACAACAGUAUUCACCUCUAACAUAUGAACAGCAAAAACAUCAUUCCUUUUCUGGUGGUGACUUGCUGAAUGUGAGGCCAGUCAGUUCCUCAAUUUCUAGUCUUACAGAACCUAAGCUUAGUCCUAGUUGCAGAAGGGCUCUAAUUGGAAAAUUUAAGAGUUUGCCUAAGUUGAUACCUGUCAAGAGAAAUAGUUCUUUGGCAAGCUCUGGUAGCAGUUCAAGAGCAAAGAAAGGUGUCCGCUGGAAACCUAUGACUGACUCUUCAGAUAGUAAAUAUCUUUAUAAUCAUGAAUUAGAAAUGGAAAAACUGUAUUCCAGUGCCUAUGAUGGUAAAUACAAAUACCCCAUACAUAACAGAUAUAACAGUUUAGAUAUCCCAGAUGUGAAAUUCGCAGACCAUGAUUUUCCAGUUUUGAAAACCAAACCUGAUGAACCUUUGUACUGUGACCUAUGUAAGAAGAGAAUUCAGCAGAUCUCAGCAUCGCCCAAUCCUGAAGCACUAGGGCAUGAAGUAAUUUUAAAGCACUCUGUCAGUGCUCCCCUUAUUACAGAUGAGCACAUUGAGAAGAAUUUUGGUCAUGACAGAAGUCAUUCAUGGCAGAAUAAGUUUCUUGACAGGAUUAGAUUCAGAACCAGGAGAAGAGAAUCAUCACUAUUUAAUGAGCUUCAGCAUAAACCUGGGAUACCAGAAUGUGUUUCCUUUUCCAGCCAGAGUGUGCCUAAUAUAGCAUUCUGGACAAAUUUUUCAUUGCCAACUGCGUGCCAGCAGCUGGAAGACACUGAUUCAAAAUUUGUCCCUGUAGAUAUUGCAUCAAAAGAAAGUUUGAGGCAAAAUGUUUUACCACUUGUUAACUCAGCUUCAGCUGAACUUCCAUCUGUGAAGACCCUUCUGAUUCCAAACCCAGAGGUAGGAAUGGAUGCAACAUCCCUGCCUAUCUCUAGGAAAAACUCUGAUAUCCUCAGUGAGAGUUCCAUAGAUGCAUCUUCAUGGAAGUCUGCUGACUGGACUACACUGCUUGGUGGUAAUGUUUGGCGCUCAUGACACACAUCAGUUUUGCAUCACUUAAGGUGACUAGUGAUAUGAAGAUACCAUCCUAUUUUUCCCCUUCUGUCAAUAUAAUAUAGGUAUUUGAUUUAAGCUGUUGAUAUUGAAAUUGAUGUCAAAGUGCUAGUAAGAACAUUAUGAUCAGAGCUAUCUGCAUUUCAGUUGCAGCAGUUGCUACAAAGUCACAGCAUACAAAUCAUGAUAAUGAUAGCAUUUCUUCAUUAUUAUUAAUUUGCCUCUUUUUCACUUCAUAAUUAUUGUACUGGUGUCACCAGUCACACUGGACAGAACUGUUUUAUCCUUUUAUAAUAUUGUUAGUUUGACAGACCAGAAUGAAACAAAUCAAAUUUAUUGUACAUAUGUUUUUUGUAUCCAGGCAGGUUUGAAAUAGCAAAAAAUCCAAUAGCAACUUAUGUUACUUAAUUUGAUUGUUAAUAUGGUUGCCUUACUGUAUUAAUGCAUGUACAGGUUUCACCUUUUAUUCAAGUUUUCAAUCUGAAAAUACAGAUGUGAUCCACAUGCAAAUCUAUCUAUUCUUGUAUAUGAAACGUUGAAAAAGGGGUAUAUUUCCUUCACACUGCACCUUACUCAAUAGACCAUGAAGUUGUGCCAUUGUAAACAAAACUGCAGGAAGUGAGAGUUAGAUCUAAGACAUUCUGAGGGAAAUGUGGAGGAAUGCUGAAGAAUUCCAUGGUUUAUUUCUUCUUAAAACAUGUCACUUGUUUCCAGAAUAAUCUUAAUUCUCAUUUAUUGUCCGUCCACACAGUGAACUGUAAGAAGUAUUGGAUGUUGACACAGUGAUAAAGAUUGCUGAAUAUGUGGUCUAAUGACAAACUGAGGAAUUUCAAAUAGAAAUGUAGACAGUUAAAUAUAAAGAUAUGGCACAAAUAACUUGAUUUACCAGAAGUAGAGGCCUAAUUCAUGUCAUCAUUGGUACACUGAUGUCUGAGUUCAGUCCUACUUGAUUGUGGACAUAGCGUAGCCAUAUAUUGAAGUAGACCUGUCCUACUUGAUUGUGGACAUAGCGUAGCCAUAUAUUGAAGUAGACCUGCACUGAUGCACACAAUGAAUCAUAAGUUGGUUCAUUGCAAGACAAAAGAAGAGGACAGUGUGCAGUGGUGUAUGGUGAAGUCAUGUCAAGAUCAUUAAAGUCUAGUGACAGUAUUUCCUUCUCAUAACACGAGAGUCUCCCUCCCACGCCUGUUCUGGACUUUUCUGGGAAAGUAGUGGGCCACCUCUUUUAUAUUAGCAACCAAAUAUUCUUGAAGUUCUACUUACUUAGUUACUCAUGGUGCUGAGCCCUUCUGGAGGAGCCCCUAAUUCUGCAGCUACUCAAGAAUU